CUCAAAUGCUUAAGUUACAUAUGAAGAAAACUAUGGGAAAUGGUGCUGCCGCCGUCUAUUUCGUGUGGGGUUUGCACAGCUGUUUCGCUUCCACUUCUCAAGAACAGUGUGGGGUUUCCACAGCUGUUUCGCAUCUACUUUCCAAGAACAGUGUGGGGUUUUCACAGCUGUUUCAGUCUACUUCACCAGGACAGUGUGGGGUGGGCGGGAAGAACCUUUCGAUUAACCAGAAAAUAGGGUUUCGAGCAACUACUAAAGCAGCAAAAGAAAAGCACAACUUCCCUCUUUGCAUUCGUGGCUUACUUAUACUUAUCAUUAGACUCGCAAGAUCAGUCCAUGAUCAUGAG